AAGAUCACCCAUGAUUUCCAUACGAAUAAGCGUAUCUGCGAUGAAGUAGCCAUCAUUGGAAGCAAACAAUUAAGAAAUAAAAUUGCCGGAUACAUCACCCAUUUGAUGAAGCGUAUCGAAAAGGGACCUGUACGUGGUAUUUCCAUCAAGCUCCAAGAGGAGGAACGUGAGAGGAGGGAUAACUACAUGCCGGAGAUCUCCGCUGUGGAUGCCUCCGUGAUCGGCCAACUCAAAGUUGACCCUGACACGAAGCACAUGCUGGAAUCAAUGGUAUGUUUGCUUCUCAGUGAUUUCUUACCACCUCAUUAA